GUGGCCAGACGGCGGUAGGGCCCGGCCGCGCUGAGGCCGCGGCGGGCAGCGGGGUGCGGUAGUGGAGGCCUGCGCCGGGCAGGAGGAGAAGCCGACAUGUGGCCGCCGCCGCUGCCCUGGCUGCUGGCGGGGCUGGUGCUAGCUGCCCGUUGCGGGGAGGCUGCGGCGGCGGCCCUUCACCUCCGGAGUGCCACCAUCGCCUCACCGCUCCCCACCGAGGUGGCCGGCGGGGCCGCCACACGAAGCAGCAGCAGCAGUCGCCUGGCCGAGGUGUCGGCGCCUCCCGAGCAGGGCCGGCCCAUGACCCAGCGCGCCCUGUCCGUGCUAGUGCUGGCCAGCGCUGCCCUCAUCGUCUACUUCGUAAUCCGGACCGUGCGGCUCAGAAGGCGAAGCAGAAAAACCCGAAGGUACGGCGUUUUGGAUACAAACAUAGAAAACAUGGAACUGACCCCGUUAGAGCAAGAUGAUGAUGAUGGUGAUACAACACUAUUUGAUGCCAAUCAUCCUCGAAGUUGGAGAAGGGAUGUCAAGAUCACUUGAAUUUUAAAUGGGCAAGAAUUUAGUGGGCAAGAAGAUAAACACCAUUUGUCUUCAGCAUGUGAGUUCCAGAGAAAUGGAGAGGAAGGUAGGAUAUUUUUGUUAAAAAUUUGGUGUCAUGACUGAAGCUUGUGUUGAAGUCAACAACUAGCGUUUACCUUUCUCUACAUUUUUUUUUUAUUUGCAUACCUUAAAAUAGAAGCAAUGAAAACCCUAGAGGGAAAGUUAACUAAAAUGAUAUCAGAGGUUUUCAGAGGGUGGAUUUCUGAUUUUUUUUUUCUGUGCAUUUCUAAACACUUUAACUGAAGAAAAAAAAAUUCAAAUAUCUUAUUGUAGAACAUUCUAAUAUGCAUAGGACUUUUAAACUGUUAUAAAUCCACUUUGCAAUUGGAGUCUUAGUAGUGGAGUUUCCAAAGUACUCCAUAACUUUCUUACCUGUUUUACAUAUUUCAGUUAUUUCAUUAUUGGAUGUUUAAUUCUUGUCCCUGAGAGAAUGUAGAAGGGUGAAACAAAAGUGAAACAGUAAGAAAAGGAAGUAUACAUAAGAUGAGGUAGUUGUUUGUUUUUUUUUUGGCAUACAGACAUGCUAGAGUGAUGAUGCAGUGUAUAUAUGCCUGUUGAUUGCCUGGCUUAAGAGAUGAGCCUGAGAACUUCUAAAGUCUAAAUAGGGCUGUACCAAGGACCCUAUAUAUUGUGGUUAUUCAAUCAGGUAAAACAUAUUCUAUUCAUUCCCUUUCAAAGUUUAUCUUGGAAAUUCAUUGAAAUGGUUGUUUAGUGGAUUGCCCUGUCUCUGCUCCCAGUAUGUAUUUUUUCAAAUUAUGUCCAAAGAUAAUCUUUUUUGCUACUGCACUUUCUGUGGUAAUGUGGUAGAAAUUACUAUGAUUAAGAAAUUAACUUGCAUUAAAGCAAACUCUUCAUAACCAUAGACAGCAGCGCUUCCCCUUAACUAUGAUGACUACCAAAAAAAAAAAUCACAUUGUUAGUGCUGUAUUUGGAAAAAAAAAACAAACAACAAAACAAAACAAAAAACCCCACAGAAAACCCCUCUACCCUGUCCUAAAUUCCAAAUACUCAUUUCCUCUUCAAAUUGAAGUGCUAUGGUAAAUCAUUGUUUAGUUCAGCUACACCAGGUAGUUUGAAGGUAGAUUAUUGAUCCAGUCUGUUUCAGAAAUAGUCUUUUGAAUGAUAUAUAAUACAAACACUUUGAAUAAAGUAUCAGUGUUUUAUUUAGCUGACGACAGGUAUUAUAAGAUCCAUCAAGUAUUUAUUUAAUACAAUUCUUCACUCACUGUGGUAUCUUGUUGAUGAAAGAACUGCUAGAUGAGUAGUGUUUGAUUUUAAGAAUAUUCGAUUUGGAUGAAAAAGCAAUGCCUGAUGUUUUGAUCCAAGUCCACAUAGCCCAGAAAAACUGGAAGGUGAUGUGACAUGUAGUGCUCAAAGAUGACGUAGUCUGGAGUAAAUACAUAGAGUGAUGUAACUUGUGGUAUAGUCAGACCUUUAUUUAUAGGACUCCAAGAUCACCUAAAAUUUUAUGUUUCUCACAGAAGAGAUGAUAAUGUCAACCUCUCAGUCAAACUGCAAGAAAAGUAAUUGUAUUGGUGUAACUGAGUGAUCUACCCAAACUUAAUUUCAACAUGUUUCUAUUAAUUUGCUGAAGAGAACUGACUAAGCAGAUUAGAAGUAAUACCUUUAGAAGAGGAUAACUAUUGAUAAUAAAGGAAGAAGAUGUUAUUGUUAUUUCAAGAUAGCUCAGAAAGUAUAGUAAGUUGUUAAAUUAUCAAAGCCAUCAUAUUAUGUUAGAAGCUUCAGAAAACGAAGCCUUCAGUUACGUUUAGUCAAUAGCAUGGAUAUACUUUGUUUAUAUGUGUUGAGAGCUUGCUGUGUCCUUUAUGGGGAGAAGCUCUCAGAUUUUUUUAAGUUACUUUUUAUCUUGAAACACUGUGUGUAGGAGGAAGACAGUGCUAAACAAUGUGAAUGCACUCCACAAAUCUUUACAGAGCAGCUUUAUAAAAUACUGUCCAAACUUUGCAAAACUCAAAACAACAUCAUUGCUGGGAGGGAAGUUCGGAACUUAAUGUAGAGUAUUUCUUUUUGUUUUUUUUUUUUUCCUUUUUAAAUCCUUAAUUGGGAAUGUAUUUCUUUCAGUUAAGUUUUUUCUCCUUGUUUCCACUAAGUCUUUUUCAUCUGGACUGAAGCUUAGUAAUCAGUCUUCAUGUCACUCCUUAACCAAGAAUGACCAAAGGGAGUACGAAAUGCAUAAGUAAUCCAAGAGUCACUGAGGACACUUGAUGAUGAUGAUACUCGUAUACUCUCAGGAGAUAUCAUUACCUUUGUCAUGAUAUUUGCAGUAAUUUAGAGGUAUGGUUGGUUGAUUUUCUUAAGGUAGCAUAAAAUGCAGUCAUACUUGGAACUACCAAUUAGGAAACAAGGAAGAGUGGCCUUUAAUGGUUUUUCAUUUUAGUCCUUUGUUAAAUAAAUCAAAAUUGCAAUUUUGCUUAACUACAGUCAACAGCAGCUUAUUCAGUUUAAGUUUCUUACCCUCAUAAUUCAUAAUGGAAGGAAAUAAAAAACUAAACAUAUUUAUAGGAAUCUGUAUGUUCUGGUAGGUUCACAUACAUUUGUUAUGGACAAAAAACUACAUUAAGUAUUGUUCUGUAGAAAAAAGAUGUGUUUUUUCCUUAUUUCUUUGUGACCUGUUAAUAAACUGCAAUAGUAUCCACUCUGCUUUCAUUUUUCUUGACUAAAAUAAUCAAGUCGUUUUUAAAGUAAUACUCUACAGUACAGUAUGUACAUGUUAGAAGUCCCUACAGGCUUGUUUUUAGCUGGUAAGUCAGUUUGACCCUUUCAAAGGCUAGGCAGAGAAACUGGUUUCUUUCCUGGAAUCAGCAUAGCGGUAUUACUAUCCUGGUGUCCUGAUGUAAUGAUUACUUCCACUGUUGCUGGUUUUUUUUCAGAGCUAUAUGAAAAAAAUUCCUGUGCCCUUGGUUGUAGCAUAGGUGCCAUUUAAGUGUACUCUCACUGUUGUCAUCAUCCAUGUUACUAGCCUAUAUGCCUCUUCAAUUUGAGGCAGCUUACCUGAAUGGGAUGUUUUAGCCAUUUUGUUCAGUAGCAUACUAUUAAAUAUCAAAGUUUUAAAUUCUAACCUUUGGUUUCUCACCAUGUAGCUUUACUUACGUGUCAGCUGAAGUACAGUAUUAUUUUUUAAUGGCAUAUCACAAUAAUAUACAUUGCAAUUCUCAUUAAAUCAUGUUACAUGCAAACUACUUGCUGCACUGCAAGGCACAAGGAAAAGCACUUACUCGGGUUUUGAUAGCCUACCAGUUACGGGGUUGCUGUCAACAGUUACUAAAGUUUGAACGGGAACGGGAGAGCCUUGGAAGCUUAAAAAUAUAUCCAGUAAGGUAAAAACACGGGUUUUUUGCAAGUGAGCUGUCUGGGAAGUUUAAAUCAAUGGAGUUUUAUGGCACUUCAGUUCAAAGUCAUAUGGUAACUCUUGAGUUUUUACAUUCAAGUUUAAUAAUGCAGUGUUAUAUCUCAAUGGGGUUUUUGUAAUGUUUGAUCUUCAAAAAUGUAGGCUAAAGUUCCUCUUGAAACAGGGUAUUUCAGAUUAAUGCAUCUGUUCCUUCUG